GUCGGAUCCUCCUCUUCCUCUCUCCACUUUCACACAAAUCCUCUUCAGGGUUUAAGCCGCCGCCAUGCCCUUCGUCAAGGUUGUCAAGAACAAGGCUUACUACAAGCGUUACCAGACCAAGUACCGCAGACGCCGUGAGGGCAAGACUGACUACUAUGCCCGCAAGCGCCUCGUGACCCAGGCCAAGAACAAGUACAACUCGCCCAAGUACCGCAUGGUUGUCCGUCUCACCAACAAGGACAUCAUCACCCAGAUCGUCUACGCCAAGAUCACCGGCGAUGUCGUCCUUGCUGCCGCUUACUCCCACGAGCUCCCCAACUACGGCGUCGAGGUCGGUCUGACCAACUACGCUGCUGCCUACGCCACUGGCCUGCUCCUGGCUCGCCGUGUCCUGCAGAAGCUUGGUCUUGACAAGCACUACCCCGGUAACGAGGAGAUCAACGGUGAGAAGUACGAGGUUGAGCCCGUCGACGACGGACCCAAGCCCUUCAGGGCCUUCCUCGAUGUCGGUCUCCGCCCCACCACCACCGGCUCUCGUAUCUUUGGUGCUCUGAAGGGUGCUGUCGAUGGUGGCCUCGCCAUUCCCCACUCCGAGCAGCGCUUCCCCGGCUACGACAAGGACGCCAAGUCCCUCGAUGCCGAGGUUCUCCGCAACUACAUCUUCGGUAUCCACGUCUCGGAGUACAUGGAGUACCUCCUUGAGGAAGAUGAGGAGGCCUACAACAAGCAGUUCUCUCGCUUCAUCGAGAAGGGUGUCACCGCCGAGGACAUCGAGGACAUGUACACCGAGGCCCACGAGAAGAUCCGUGAGGAUCCCACCCCCAAGAAGUCCGACUACGUUCUCAGCGAGCAGGAGAAGAAGCGCUCCAAGUCCUUCAAGUCCCACCGCCGCAACCUCAAGCAGCGCCGCGACACCGUCAAGCAGAAGCUGGCUGCCUUCCACCGCAAGCUUGCCUCUGCCGAGGACGACGAGUAAAUCGAUCCCGCGCUCCGUGCGUGCGUGCUACUUGGUGUAUCCAUGUGUGAAGAAUAAAGAGGCUCGAUCGACCAUGAUCGCCAGAUACAUCAAA